GCACACACGCACCGUCCCUCCAUUCCACACAACGUUACUGCGACACGACUGCUAAAAGACGGGCUAAAACAAGUCCGGGCUGCCUCCUCUGUUCAGCCGCCUCAGAGACCAAGAAAGCGUCGUCAUAUAAAGCAGUCCCCUACGAGACUCUGAACAAACGUUUCAGGGCGGCUCAGAAGAACAUCGACCGGGAGACAAGUCACGUGACAAUGGUUGUUGCAGAGCUGGAGAAGACGCUGAGCAGCUUUCCAGUGGUCGACUCUGUGGUGUCACUGCUGGAUGGUGUGGUGGAGAAACUCAGCGCCUUGAAGAGGAAGGCUGCCGAGUCCAUCCAAGCAGAAGACGAGAGUGCGAAGCUUUGUAAGCGUCGCAUCGAGCACUUGAAGGAGCACAGCAGCGACCAGCCGGCCUCAGUCAACCUGUGGAAGAAGAAACGCAUGGACCGCAUGAUGGUUGAACAUCUGCUGCGCUGCGGCUACUACAACACAGCUGUUAAACUGGCCAGACAGAGCGGUAUAGAGGAUCUGGUGAACAUUGAGAUGUUCCUCACAGCUAAGGAGGUGGAGGAGUCUCUGGAGAGGCAGGAGACGGCCACUUGCCUAGCCUGGUGCCAUGACAACAAGUCCCGCCUCCGCAAGAUGAAGAGUUGUCUUGAGUUCAGUCUGAGAAUCCAGGAGUUCAUUGAGCUCAUCAGACAAAACAAACGCAUGGAUGCAGUCAGACAUGCAAGGAAGCACUUCAGCCAAGCAGAAGGUGGGCAGUUGGAUGAAGUUCGGCAAGUGAUGGGCAUGCUGGCCUUCCCAUCAGAUACACAUAUCUCCCCAUACAAGGAUCUUUUGGAUCCAGCUCGCUGGAAGAUGCUUAUCCAGCAGUUCCGAUAUGACAACUACAGACUGCACCAGCUGGGAAACAACUCUGUCUUCACUAUCACCCUACAGGCUGGUCUAUCUGCCAUCAAGACACCUCAGUGCUACAAGGAAGAUGGCACCUCUAAGAACCCAGACUGCCCAGUGUGCAGUAAAUCCCUCAACAAGUUGGCCCAACCACUACCCAUGGCCCACUGCGCCAACUCCAGACUAGUCUGUAAGAUCUCUGGUGAGGUCAUGAAUGAAAACAACCCUCCAAUGAUGCUGCCUAAUGGAUAUGUCUACGGCUACAACUCACUUCUGUCCAUCCGCCAAGAUGAUAAAGUGGUUUGUCCCAGAACCAAAGAAGUCUUCAACUUCUCUCAGGCUGAGAAGGUCUAUAUCAUGUGAUCACUCAGAUAAAUCGUCUGAGUAUUAACAUGAUUGAAAAUGGCCCGUCAUUCAUCACCUGUGACCUGGCCUACUCAGAGAGCCACAUGUGGAGCUGUGAUCCAGUGACCUUCUUCCCCACACAGACGCACCCAAUAUUUCCCACAACCCUCCCCUCCCAAUACACAAUCAGCUCAAGUUUGCCGGUUCACUUUCCCCCUCCCAUUUUAUCACACAGAAACUGGACUCCUCUCCUUUCAGACUAUUUUAGAUGUGGCUAGAUAACAAGAAGUCGUUUGAUCUGAUCCAUUCAAGCACAUGGACUAUCAACAUUGUCAUUAUUUUACACACCCUCACACUGAAGAUUAGAGACUACAGAAAAGGACUGAGGGUGGUGAAAAACUGCUAGGUAGAUAUUUGAUUUUACUACAACAAAUAAACUUGAGGUUACUUUGACUUUUUCCUUUCACUAGUGGUGUUCUUUUGUUACUUAUAUAACGUGUGGAAGGACAGUGUUAACUAGAUUAACAUAAGAUUUGGGCCUUUUUCAAAACAAACAUGGCUGGCUUCCUGGUCACAUGGUAGCAUCUCAUUCUGUGAUGCAUGCUCUUGACAUCCUUUUGUCUUUGUCUGUUUGUUUUUUGGUUUUUUUGGUGGGUUGUUGGGGAGAUAUAUGUUAAAUGCCUCCUUUAAACUGCCUACCUUUUUGCAUUUCAUCCCCCUUGGCUGUGAAACUGGAGCCUGAUUUGGGCCGCAGUAGGCUCCUUUUCAAAUGUAAAUAUUAGAUAGGAAUUGAUCAUUCUCAUGUAUAAAUUCAGUGGUUUUGGGGACAAGUAACAACAACCAAGAUGAACCUUCUACGAAGAUUGCUGUGUGAAUUGAACAAGUCUUUUCUUGGGUGUUGUAAACCUGAUAUAGCCACAGUAUCCUCAAGUUAACUGGUUGUUCCAGUAUAACUUCUCAUUUCUGAGGAAGCUGUUAGUUUCACAAACUUGGUAAUAUUAAUUAUGGUGUAUUUACUGCCAUAAUGAAAUUUGCGCAAUAUUGAAACAAGACAACCAUCUCUGAUGUUUUUUUUAUUACAAUUAUUAAACAAAUUGUCUUCAUGUGUGUGAGGUUUGCCAUUUUCAGUUAUCUUCAACCAAUUUCUCUUUUUCUAAAAGAGAGUACAGUUCCAUGAACUAUUAUUAUCAUUAUUAUUCAAGAUGAAACCCUGGGUGAUUUUAGUUAAUGCAACAUUGCCCAAAUAGUUUUAAUUUCAUAACUAUUUUUCCAACAAUGAACAAGAUAAUAAAGAGAAAGGCUGUGCUGAUAUUUUUCUCAGUCUUGUACUCGGCGUAUCUUAAAGCUGCUUGCGGUAUGAACACUACAGGGUUUACGUAGCAUAAAAGUACACCAACUGCUUCAACAUUACACGUAGUUCCAUGCACAUGCCUACCUUUAUUUGAAAAAUGCAUUAAGAGGCCUUUUCUUGCGAAACUCUUGGUUAUCUGAAAACAUGACUCAUCCUCUAUAACUUUGAAAACCUACUGUAAAUGAUGGAUGAGCUGUGAAUGUGAUCAGAACAAGAUAUACACACAUCUGGAAAGUUGACUUCAAUGACAGUUAAUGCACACACAACCCUUAAAUUGUGAAAAUGAACACCCAGCAAUCCAAAAAUGCAGUUUUAUGUUAAACACGACCAGUCUUGUGGUCAAUCAUUUGUUCCAUUUGUUUAUAGAAAAACCAAAAGUUGCCUCAUUUGUGUCCAUAAAUUAUUUGGAACUGUAUCUGUAAAUACACAGACUGUCCUGUGUGUUUGUGUUGGUAGAAUAGAUAAAGGGAUUGUUUCAUGAGCAAUAUGCCUCAUAAAGAUUUCAGUGAACUUUGA